CGUGACGUCACUUACUGACGUCAUGCGGAUUUUUUUUUAAACAAGCAGCAUUGUAUAGCCAUACAUAGAGAAAUGGGCGCUAAAUCUAAAAUUAACGUCAAUAAAGUGUAAAAGCACACGAAAUAAUUUGUGAAGCGAGGUUCGAUUUUACUUGGCGAUAUUUUCAUAGAUUACUUAGCUUUACAUAGCAAUACAUACAUGCUUCAACGUUGGUCGUACAGAGCCAUGCUACGUGUUAGCAUGCUAGCUAGCCCAGAGUGGAAGCAGGGCACUUCGCACUUUUGAUGCCAUCCCGGCAAAUAUGUCGUCGCUUUUAAUUGUGUCAGUGCGAUGUUUUGAAACAGUGCAAUGCCACUAGUGUACGGUAUAUAACUGUUCAGCCGUCUUUACUUAGUUAGAUAGCGCCACGCAGCUAAGGCUGGUAGGUUGCUUUGACAGUGAUCGCCGUGAAAGCGGGCAAUGACCUGCUAGCAUGCAGUUAGCUUCUGUUAGCUGGCGGGUUUAGCACGUCUUCGUUCUCAUGACAGAGAACUUUUGUCCCUCAGCGCCCGUCCACGCUUUCAGUUAACGUUACGUUUCAGGCACAAUGGCGCCCCGCUUACAGUUAGAGAAGGCGGCUUGGCGUUGGGUGGAAAGUGUAAGACCAGAAGAUAUCAGCCAGGAGCACAUCGAGCUAGCAUACCGCAUCAGUCUUCCGGCCUGCAAGAGAGGAACCUGCAGGAGGAACUGCAAAGGAAACCCCAACUGUCUUGUUGGUAUUGGUGAACAGGCGUGGCUUGGAGACAUUGAUGAAAAUGCUUUCCACAAUAUCGAUGAUCCAAAUUCAGAGCGUAGGGAUAAGAACACAUUUGUUGGUUUGACUAACCUUGGUGCAACCUGUUACGUCAACACUUUCCUGCAAGUAUGGUUUCACAACCUCGAGUUGCGGAGGAGCCUCUAUCAAUGCUACAAUUCCAGAGCACAAGAACAUAAAACAGAAAUGGAUUAUGAGCCUCAGUCCAUUUGUGAACAUCUGCAAUAUCUGUUUGCACUACUACAGAAUAGCAACAGGAAAUACAUUGACCCUUCGGGGCUGGUCAAAGCUCUUGGCCUGGACACAGGGCAGCAGCAAGACGCCCAGGAGUUUUCAAAGCUUUUCUUGUCCCUUUUGGAGGACACACUUUCAAAGCAGAAGGACUCCACACUGCAAAAUGUCAUUCAGCAGCAGUUCUGUGGACAGUUCUCCUACGUGACUGUAUGUAACCAGUGUGGGCGAUCGUCUGCGCUGCCGUCCAGAUUCUACGAACUGGAACUGAACAUCCAGGGCCACAAGAACUUGACAGAGUGUGUCACGGAGUUCCUGAAGGAGGAGAAGUUGGAUGAAGACAACCGUUAUUUCUGUGAGAGCUGUCAGAGUAAACAGAGUGCUACCCGGAGGAUCAGACUGCACAGUCUUCCUCCUACCCUCAACCUGCAGCUCAUGCGCUUUGUCUUUGAUAGACAAACCGGCCACAAGAAGAAACUCAACACUUACAUCAGUUUUCCUGAGCAACUGGACAUGGCGCCUUUUUAUGAAGUUAAAGAAGGUCAGAAGUGUGUGUAUGAACUGAGUGCAGUGCUGAUCCACCGGGGAAUCAGCGCCUACUCUGGACAUUACAUUGCUCACGUGAAGGAUGCUCGUACCAGCGACUGGUAUAAAUUCAAUGAUGAGGAAAUUGAAAGGAUGGAAGGCAAGAAGCUGCAGUUGGGUAUAGAAGAAGAUAUUGCUGAAACAGUGAAGUCUCAGAUACGAAAGCCCAAGUGCGGUAAAGGCUUCCACUGCUCCAGAAACGCCUACAUGUUGGUCUAUAAGAUCCAACAAGAGGAGACCCCAGAUCCCUCAAAGACCAUUGUUGAGGUGCCUGAGUUCCUUCAAAGGUUGGUAGACCAAGACAACCACAAAUUUGAAGAGUGGUGCAGUGAAAUGUCUGACAUGAGAAAACAGAGCGUGGAUAAGGGAAAAGCCAAGCACGAAGAAGUGACUGAGCUGUACGAGCUAUUACCUGCAAGAGACGGGCAGCCUUAUGAAUUUAUACCUUUGGAUUGGUUAAAUAAGUGGUUGGAUGACUCCACUGCCACAAAGGAAAUCGACAACACACACUUUCUGUGUUCUCAUGGCAAACUGCAUCCCGACAAGGUGGGAGAUGUCAAGAGAGUUUCUCAGCUGGCUGGUCAAGUCCUGUACGAGCGUUAUGGUGGAGGGCCAAAGUUAGAUGGCUCUGCUUUGUGCAGAGAAUGUGUGGGACAGCGAUGCAGAGUGCUACGUCUGAAGAAUCAACUAAAUGAGGACUACAAAGAAGUCUCCAAUCUGGUCAAACGCACAAGUGUUGAAGGUUACUGGGUAGGAAAAGCUUCCUUGCGUAGUUGGAGGCAGUUAGCUCUGGAGCAGCUGGAGGAUGACGAACAUGACUGCAAAGCCAGCAAUGAUCACAGCAAUGGGAAUGGCUCUCAUCCCAAUAGCAGCAAAGAUUGCAGCCCUGAGGUCUCAGAGGGCAACGAGGAGUCAAUGAAGAUGUUAAAUGAAGACAUUGUCUGCAGUCAUGGAGGUCUAAGUAUUUUGGAGACUGAACGGAAAAUUAUUUCUUCUGAAGCUUGGACCAAGCUUAGAGCAUACUUUCCCAAAGCUCUAGAAUUUACUCAAGACCAAAGUCCCUGUCAGCAGUGUCUGACAUUAGAGCAGGAAGAAAAGGACAAUGAAGCUGUGAGUAAGAUGAUGGCUUUAGACCAGAAGAACCAGCUGCUAAACCUCUUUCAUGAAAAAAACCGUCCGAUCCUCAACAAGUGGCCGCAGGACACAGACAUACUUUACAUUGUCCCCAUGUUUUUUGUAGAAGAGUGGAGAAAAUUCAUCAGGAGACCCACAAAGUCCUCCCCAGUGUCCAAUGUGGGCAACAGCUUGUUGGUUUGUCCCCAUGGAGGCUUUAUGUUCACUUACGACUCUCUGAUCAACGGAGACGCACAACACAUCGCUUUACUCUGGCCCACCGAAUGGGAGGUGAUCAGCAAACUUUUCAUGGUGGACCAGCCCAUCUCCAUCCACUGCUUAAAACAGAGCACAACAACUGGUGCCAACACCAAAUACACCACUCAACCUGAUCUGUGCUGGGAGUGCAGAGAAGGUUUCCUGUUCCAGCAGCAAAAAGACCUCAGAGAAUACACCCAAGCCACCAUUUACAUCCGCAAGAUCCUUGAAGACAAAAGAAUGAUAAAAGAGGCAGCUCCAGAGCUCAAUGCCAGCAGCUCCGAGGCAGAAGAGGAGAAGGAAGAACAUUCCAAGGUCGAUGGAGAGGGAGACCCAGAUUUUAACCAGCCACAAGAUGGCGCUAAGCGUCUUAAAUUGAGUGACAGCACGUUGACAGCAGGAGCUUCGUCUCUAGGAAGUAGUAACCCUAUUAAGCUGGGUGGAAUCAGGAGAAGCACGCGGCACCGGAAACUACGAGGUGAAAAAGCCCUCAUUGUCUCCGCCAAUCAGACACUCAAGGAACUGAAAAUUCAGAUAAUGCACGCCUUCUCUGUGGCGCCGUUUGACCAGAACCUCUCCAUUGACGGGAAAUGUCUGACCGAUGACUCAGCCACCUUGGGUAGUUUGGGUGUCAUCCCUGAAAGUAUCGUGUGUCUGAAGGCAGACGAGCCGAUGGCAGAUUUUGCUGCUAUGGAUGACGUCUAUCAAGUGGGGAUGCCUGAGGAGGGGUUUAAAGGCACUGGGCUUCUUGGGCACUGAGAAGAUGUGUGCUACAGCAGAGUUUGACUUGGACAGACGGACAAGAAAUGCUUGAAUUUUACAAGUGUCUUUCUAUGAAUAAGUGCUUUAAUUAUUUUCAGUUAAAUUUUGAAAACCUGCUGUUUUUUGUUGCUAUAAAGUAAGACUAGCUGGUCUUUAUCAUCCAAGUUCUCAAUCUUUCUGGACUCCGGUAGCACCUGUUUGACAACAGGUUAAGUACUCGGAUGCUUUUGAAAAUUAGGCUGCCUUCGGUAUGUAAAUUAUAGAAGAAGAGGUCAGGCAUUGUUCACACGUGGAAUAUUGUAUAGUCUACAUUUUUUAGGCGUUUAAAGUGAAUGCGCUUGUAAAAAUGAUAUUGUUUUUUUUUUUCCUUUUAAAGCAAAUGAAUAACCAUUAUCCUCCAUUUGACAUUUAAAAGAUGGACAGUAUGUACAGUAGUUGUUUCCUACAGAAAUGUUAGCAAUUCAAAUCAAAAAGUUUGAACGUCUGAAGGUGAAUGCAAACAGUGACGUGUGCUCUUCUUUUCACUGUUAUUUCUUAUUGACAAUAAAGUUAUUUUUCAAAUCAU